AUGGCUCCAGAGCUUAUGAUGCACACCACAACAGAUGUGGCACACAUAGACACUAAGAAGGAUGUGAAAAACAGCUUCGCAGUGGCUAGUGUGGCUGGCCCAACUGACGCUGAAGUCCUAAAAGGCUUGGACACUGCGGCACUCCUUCUGAGUAAUAAAAUCUUUGAAUUGAUAGACAGCUACAGGCAGCCUCUUCCCGGUGACAUGCCUGAUCUACGCUCGCAAGGUCGAGCCCUAUUCACACAAGUGAUCUACCGUCGGGUAGUGAAGGGAGAAAAGAUUCCCAUGGUUUUGCCGGCAUUUCCUUUCAAAUCUCCAAAUUCACAAGCUAAGGUGCUAGGCGUUCUGCCUGACAAGGCUGAGGAGGUUGCUCUCCAGUGUCUGGAUGGCUUGUGCAAGAAUAUUGAGCGCAUAUAUGCCCCUGGAGCUGAGCUUUUUAUUGUUUCUGAUGGUAUCGUAUAUAGCGACAUUCUUGGCGUUCCCUGCAAGGACGUCUGGAACUAUGGAAGUGGCUUACGGUCCUUUGCGGAGAGAAAGCUCGACAACAUUCACUUCGUCCGUAUAUCAACUUUGACUGGCAGUGAGGAGCCUCUUACUGGCGACGAGUACGAGGCACAGUCACCGAAACUGCGAGAAAAAUUGAUACAGCUUUAUCUUCCAUCAGAUUAUAAUGUUCAAGACCAGAAAGCAAACGAUAACAAUGUGCUUGCAACAUACAGGGGAUACUGCAAGUUUUUGCUCCUCGAUCUUGCUAAUAACCCCGAGUUCGCCGGACUGGGAAAGAAUGCUAUGAAGAAGAAAGCCUCAAUCCUAGCAGAAAAGAUGCUUAUUCGUGGAAAGGCCUUUGCUGCCGCAAUUCGAGAUAACUUCACUGAACACGUUCGUCUGUCGAUUCAUCCAUCUAAUGGACAAGACAAAGUGUCCAUUUCGGUGAUCGGACAAACCACGGGACUGGCAAUGAGCCCAUGGCAUGGCACGCUCCUAGUGUCUUCUGAUGGUUCUUUCAGCAUCAAGCAUCGUCAGGAGCUAGAGUCUGAUCCGAAUUAUGAAUUGGUCUACCAGAAUGGUAGACCUUCCUACUUCCGUGAGAAAUCAGACAUUUAUCACUGGGGCAACGAUGAAAUUGACUUUGAGCCCGCAUACCCAUGCGGUUGGUAUAUCACCGCGCCUGCAUCUAGUGGUUUGACCUUUGACGAUGUUGACAUGAAGAAGCUGCGUCAACUUGGCGAGCUGAACUCCCCAGUCGUCCUCCGUGGAUUCAAGGACACUAACAACAGGGAACUAUUCGAGAAAAAGGCUGAAGAAAUGGGUAACGUUCAAUCAUGGAUUUUCGGUAAGGUACUCGAAGUACAAGAUGGAGGCAGCGAGACCGGAGGCCUCAAUAACGUGUUGAGCGCCGAGGCCAUGCCAAUGCAUUUCGAUGGUCUUUUCAAUACGAAAAUCAUCACUGAUGAGGCUGGAAAUGAGAAGCGUGUUUCUGCAUAUCCUAGAUUCCAAAUGUUUUCAUCACUGGUGCCCGCACCCAAGGGAACUGGAAAGACACUAUUCGCGUCUUCGCGUCGACUGCUUCAGGUUCUUGAGAGAGAUUACACCGUAGACCAACUCACGGCGGUCACAUGGGAGUGCCAGACCGACGCAUUCAAUGCAACGGUGCUCAGGGAAAUGCCACUGUGGGUCCCUCAUCCUGAGAAUCAGAAGCUUUGUGUGCGAUACCACGAGCCCUGGCCCAAGAGCCGUACCAAAUUCGACGCCACCGAAGUGCGUCUGAACAACGCACCGGAAGACCUUGGAAAGAAAAUCGAUGCCGCACUAUAUGACAGCCGUGUUUGCAAUUAUUUGCAAUUCGGCGAAAACGAAAUCAUCGUCAGUGAUAACAUCUUAAUGAUGCAUACCCGUGAAGCGUAUCCUCCAGGAAGCCCCCGGCGCUUCUGGAGAAUUCACGUCAACUAG